AUGUGCCACUUUGAACAGUAUUUCAGUUAUUUCAGCUUGGUGCGGAAGAUGGCAACAUCCCAGAAUGAGAAAGUGAUGGAAUUCCUCACCUGUGUGAUCUGCCAGGAACUGUACACAGACCCGUGUACACUGAGGUGUGAUCACACAUUCUGCAGAAAAUGUGUCACCAAGUACAUCCAAACCAGACCAGAUGCUGUACAGUCCAAGACGAUACCAUGUGCCUUCUGUCGACAAGAUACCAAGGUCCCCCGUCCAAGCCGGCCAGUGGAGGAGUGGGCGGGGCAGAUCAAACCCAGCAUCAUUAUACAGGGGCUGAUUGACACACUGGGGACUGAGGAAACGUCAAGCAUCUGCUGCAUGAUCUGUCAGCAAAUAGGGGAGACAACUCCAGGUGCCUUGUGGUGUCCUGAGUGUGAAGUGGCCCUCUGUGACAGAUGUGUAAAGACACACCGGGUUAGUCCUACGUCACAGGACCAUGACCUGUGUGACCUGUCAUCUAGGUCAAAGGUCAAACGGAGGGUUAAGUGUACAGAACACAAGAGUAACAAUGUAGAGUUCCACUGUAAAGACUGUCAGAAGGCUGCUUGUCAGACAUGUUAUAUCACCUACCACAGAGCUUGUAAAACUGUCGUCACCAUUGACUCUAUGAAGCCAGAGAUGGAGGCAGCACUGCUGGAGAAGAGAUUUGACAUGGGGAAGAGACUGAAAGUGAGGUCGAAGAAAGUAGAGCUGAAAAAUAAUAAACUCAAGACUAUUUUUAGAGUUAAAGAGUCAGCUGUACAACAUAUUAGGUCAAUAUGUCAGACAGCUAUAAACAAGAUUAAACAGAAAGAAACACAACUCUUGGAUGAACUGAAUACCAUUACACAGACGUACGCCGGCCAACUCCGCUCUGGUGUGAAGCUUGAAGAGAUUGAGAUGCAGAUGUACAGACAACAUUUUGAGUUCAUUGACCAGGCCUUGGUAUCGGACUGUGAGAUGGACCUGUAUGACGCGUAUCAGGCCUGGGAGUUGGGGGCUGUAGAGGUGGGGGAUGUCAGGUACACAGAUACAGCAGACACCUGGAGAAUAGAUAACAUCAGGUUUACAUCAAACGCUGAGCAUGUCCAGCACAUCAUAGAUAACCUACAUCUGGGAAAGAUUCACGUCACAUAUCAGGAUCAGAAGAAAUGUCUGCUGUCGCCUGUUCUAGUUGGAAUUACAGACGGGAGGAUGGCGGGUGAUGAGAAUGAGCCUGAUCUACGCGACGUCACAGUCCUGGUUGUAGACGGUAUACAGACUGCUGUGGUUACCGACAUGAAGAAUGAGUGUGUAAAAUCUUUCUACACAACAAACAACCAGCGAUGUCAAAGUAAACUUCCCCUUGGUGGCCUUCCAUGUGGUGUAACACAGUUGAAGGAGACACAGGUGAUGGUGGCUGUCCCUGGAUCCCAUCAGAUUGUAACAGUAAAAGUGACCCCUGACCUGGCCCUGCUCUCGUCCUUCACAACAAAUAAGGUGUAUUACAGUCUUGCUGUUUUGAAUCCUUCCUGCCUAGCAGCAGGUGGAUACGGCGUCGUUGAUAUCCUGGACAUGGCGGGGCACGUGCUGAGGACACUCACUAAACGCAACAAGACCCUGUUUACCUUCCCCUACUACAUGUGUGUCAACAGCAAGGGCAACAUAUUCGUGUCCGACGAGAGGAAGAAGUCUGUGACAUGUCUAACGUCAGAAGGUGAUGUUGUGUUCAAAUACGCACCUACCGGAGACAGAGCGCUCAGCUUGCCUCGUGGCAUCACAACUACCAGCAAAGGAGACAUUCUGCUUGUAGACAGGAGCACCAAUGAAAUGAUUCAGCUGACAGAGUCGGGGGAGUUAGUUGGAGAUGUUCUCAAGUCAAAAGACGUGUGUGAUGUAUUCUGCGAUAAAUACGGAUUCUUCUUUCUGUGUACAAAAACGGAUGUGAGAGAGUAUAUGUUAGUAUGAUAGAAAAAACAAAACAAUCAUGGAUUGUGCAUGAGGUUAUUCUGAAAAGGUUAUAAGUAAAUUUAUGUAAAGAGAAUAGAUCGAGUAAAAGAGUAGAAUACAUAAUAAUAACAGUCUUGGGUAUCACUUUUCAGUCAAGCCGACAUACGAUAUUCAAAUAGGUUACUUCCUGCAAUGAAUAAUCCACGUGAUCACAAGGUGAAAGACACCACUAGUGACAGUUGUUAUAGAGAUACUUGUGGUGACAUCGGCCACAGAAGGUUAACUUGGUCUAACCGUAAUGCUAUGAUUUAUACUACCUGAAGUAUAAACGUCCUGGACACCAAUUUAGCGAAAAAGAGGUCCCAAGAAAAAACAUAGCACACUGCUCAAGGCAUGCA